ACCUGUCUGUGACUCACUUCCUCAAGCGGGUUUAAAUAAUGCUCUGACAGCCUGUCCCAACACAACAGAGGCAAACAGCAGCCAGCAGCAGCUCAAGAGGUGCAGAGACACUCAGAGAAUGGAAUCGAUGGCAAGUGUCUACAUAUUCAGCGUUCUUGCUCUGGCUGCAGCUGUGAGUGACCCCACUCUGACCCCUGGCCCGGUGACCCGACCGACAGUCAUCGCCCCGCACAACCAGUCCAGGGUCCAGGAGACGCACUACGGAAGUUCCGGUCGCCUCAUGGCGCUGAGCUCGAAAGCGUCCUGUCUUCAAAGUGACCAAGAUUAUUGUAUGAACGGCAUUUGUCAAUAUCACGAAGACUCCGACCUGGUCACCAAAUAUCGUAUCUGCGUCUGUCAUCCGGGAUACUCGGGGUCACGGUGUCAAUAUGCACCAUUGUCAACACGCACACUGGAGAAGUCGGAACGCUACCUGUACAUUGCGGUGGGGAUUGGGAUCGGACUGUCGCUCAGUGGGCUCGCUGUCUUGCUGUUUUACUGCUUGCGGUGGAGGGCCCAGGAACGUAAGAUGAGGUACGGUGCGUGUCCGAGGCAGGCAAAUGUUUGAAGACUCUGGUGGAUGACCCUGGUCCUCUGGUCUGAUCAGCUGACCCACCGACGGAAACCAGCAGCCCAGAACCACGAGGAAUUCUGCAACUGUACAUUACGCUAAACAACCCAAGAAUGAAUCACACUUCAGGCACCUCUCCCGGCCUUUGUUAAUCCACUCCGGCAAAGUCUUACAAGCUAACUGGGAAAAGUCCAUUCAAUGCUUCAUUCCAUGCCGACUCAAUGUGGACUCAAGUUGGUGGACUCAAGUGUUCAUGACCUGCAUCAACGAUAUGGAUGACAGGACCAAGUAUCAUCUGUACAAGUCUUGCAGUGCUCGGUGGCAUUGUGAGGAGGCAGGAGUAGGUGAAGAGGCUUCGAGGAGGGAUACACAAGCUGAGAGAAUGGCCAAGGGUGUGGUGGGUGGAGCAUGAUGUUGGAUAUCAUCCACUUUGGUGCAUAUUGAGGGAAGUUUUCAUUGAAACUCACUGAAUAUUGAAAGGCCUGGAUAGAGUUGAUGUGGAGAGGAUGUUUCCACUAGUGGGAGAGUGUAGCACCAGAGGAGGUUUACGAGAAUGAUCCCGGUGAUGAUUGGGUUAACAUAUGAUGAGCAUUUGACGGCACAGGGUCUGUACUCGCUGGAGUCUUGAAGGAUGAGGGGACACAUCAUUGAAACUUACUGCAUAGUGAAAGGCCUGGAUAGAGUAGAUGUGGAGAGGAUGUUUCCGCUGGUGGGAGAGUCUAGGACCAGAGGGUAGAGCCUCAGAAUAAAAGGAUAUACUUUUAGGCCAUAAGGUUAUAAGUGAAAGGAACAGAAUUAGGCCAUGAAGAGAUGUGGAAGAAUUUCUUUAGCCAGAGGGUGAUGAUUAGGUUAACAUAUGAUGAUCGUUUGACAGCACUGGGCGUGUAUUCGCUGGGGUCUUGAAGGAUGAAGGAGGGACCUCGUUGAAACUUACAGACUAGUGAAAGGCUUGGAUGGAGUGGAUGUGGAGAGGAUGUUUCCGCUAGUGGGAAAGUCUAGGACCAGAGGGCACAGAGUAAUAAGCGUGUGAAGGGAAGAACAAGCAGGCUGUGUGGUGGGGGAGUGGGUGGGAAUGACUGUAGUGCUCGGAGCUAGUAUGGACUCUUUUGGUGCUGUAUACAUCUUGAGAUUGCAAUUGUCUGGAUUAGCUUUAAAACUGUGCAUUAUAAGCUGAAAAACAAGUAUGCAUUGUCAGUAUUUAUUUGUUAACACAAAGUAAAUUUUUUUUUUCCUAAUGCAUGAGCCAGAUUUAAAUGAAUCGAUCAAAGUUAAGGAACAAGGGCCUUGUAUUGCUGGAUCAACUAACACAUUUAAACCCCUGUCACACUGCGAGCUGACCCACGAGGUACCCCGAGUUUAAAACAAAUUUAACUUGUGGUAAUCACGUACAAUUAACGUAGCGAGAACGUCGGAUUUCAUGGAUGCAACUUAUUGACUCGUGGCGCUAACGGCAGGUGCCCGUGAAACUUGUUAACUCUUGAAAAAAUUCAAACAUGUUUAAAGUUUUCCACGAAUAAAAUGUACUCUUGAAGUUAAAAAUUGAAACAUUUAAACACGUUGUAAGAACGUAGUCGCCCGUGCGUUUACCUUAGUGACUCGUGAGUCUACAACUAUCAUGAUUUCAUUUGGACUCUUCUAUUAUUCCAAACAUUUGUCACUCUUUGGGUAAAGCAAUUAUUUUUCGGGGUUUAUGUUCUAAAUAUAUUUUCCAUUUGUUUCCACUUACAGCCCCCAGGUUAAUAAAUUAUCUGACAAUAUUUAAGAUUGUUUAAGUAAUCUGCCUGUUGUAACUAAACACUGAAAUUAGGUCGACCCACAAUGGUAAUGUGUGGCAUGGUGUGAAUUUCCUCAAAUAAUAAGUCAAUGGUAGGAUGGAAUAGAUAAGUGCCUGGUGUAAUCCCUGUCAGGGCACGGGUUGGUUUACAUCACUCAAACAGAAGAUUGUCGUUCACUAACCUAUGUCGACAUUAUUAUAACCUCUCUACAUGAUUCUCGUCUGUUUUUACUACCAUAUUAAAAUGGUGACAGUGAGCAUAUGUGUCAAAUCCAUUUUAUGUUGAUGUUUGAAUUAAAUAUACA